AUGGAGUCUCGCAUCGACAGACUGCUGACCCUACUCAAGCUCCCCACGGAGAUCCUCUUGGAUAUUAUCGACCUACUGGACGGCGACGUUUUCCCAGCAAAUCGACAACACGUCAGAAAGGUUCGGCAGACAUGCAAAGCAUUACACAGAUUGUCCGAGCCUGCGUUUUUCCGGUUUCUCAGUUAUGCCGACCAGGAUCAAGCUGAUAAAUUAAGUCGCGUGUUGAAGGAACAUCCCCACCGAUAUGACCUAGUCAAGCGUUUGAUUGUCUUUCCUGCCCGCGGGGCGAAAAACCCGGGCAACAUGGUCUGUGAUCUUCCCAAAUUCGGCAAGCUUAAGGUCUUGCACAUUGUGAGAAUUAUCCGCGAAGAUCGGUCACUCUUCGCCGCCCUCAACAAGACGCUCGCAUUGAAUGCCUUUCCCGAGUUGCGCGAAUGCACGUUGGUCAACCUGUGGCCCCAUCAAGUUUGGAUCAACCCUUUGCUCAAAUUACCCAAGCUCACGACGCUGAAAAUUUCUCUCCCCUUGUUUCAGGACGAUGAUGACUCGCUCCCGAGACCUCAUUCCACGCCGCUGAAGCAUCUGGCCCUCUUGCAUGCUCACAAUUUGACCCCAGAUGUUCUCGCGUCCAUCCUGCGGUUGCCCAGGGCACUCGAGACCCUGGAGUACGAGUACUGCGAUGGUUCUUCAAGGGGCCGUUCUCUUCCGUGGACCAUUUUCAACAGCCUGCACACCGACGCGCUCAAUCGCCUAGCGGUAAUACUGGCCCGUAAGCAACCGCACCUCGAGUUGUUGAAAUUAUAUCUCCACAACCAUUACGACUUUCAAGCCGGUAUGGAGACUGGAGUCAUUGACUUGACGCCACUGACUGGAUUGAAAGAACUCUGCCUCUCUCGGUUUAAAGUGUCCUCCUCCGACUUUUUUCCCAACCUACCGGGGGCCCUCAAAGUUCUCCGCAUUGAGGGCGGAUAUGAAAACCUGGCGGCAAUAGCACAAGGUGUUGUGGAGAAAUCGGAACGUGAGGCUAUCCUGUUGCCGCCUCUUGUCGUGUUCCAGAAUCUCUUGCAAUACCAAUGGGUAGACUGCAUCGCUCGAAUGCGCUUGCAGAUGCCGCUUCAAUGCAGAGACAACAAAGUGGUGAAACAGCACUGGAGGGCGGCUACCCAAUUCUUCAUCAAACGUCUGCAAGUCAAAGAGGUCUUGAUUGUGGAUAGAGACGAGAGGUUCGAACGACGCAUACAGGUGACCAAAACCGAACGCAAACCGCGGAUGCUAUUGAAUGUCACUCCGUAUGAGCACUCGCCAAUCGUGAGGCUCAACCGCCUCCCCGAUAACCCAUAUAUCAAGGACUAUUUUAGAACCCUCGAGUAUCGUAAUCUCGUUCAGAGAGGAUUGACCUCUGUCUGGGAAUGA